UUUGUGUGCACAUCGUUGACAAAGUUUUGGAUUUUCCCCGUUCCUUUGAUUAUUGCUGUUCAAGCUAUCAAGGGAAGUGUAAAAUUGGGUAGUAGCAUACUCCAAUGUGUUGGUUGUAAUUUUGAUUGGGCAAUUCUUCAACUUCCGUCGCCGCAAAACUGUCACUUAUUUAACAUGAGCGAGUCACACGCGAUGUUAAGAUUUGAAAUGAUUAGCUUAAUAGUCAGACUGACACUAUUUGGGGCUGUUACUUACUAUAGCGUAAGGUGGAUGAUCAAUCAGAUGGAUCCAACCAAUAAUCAGAAGAAGAACGCCAAAAAGCGGGCUUUGGAACAUCUUCGACGACUUGGAAUAACUGGGAAUGAGAAACUCAGCUUAACAGAAUAUGAAAUGGUUAUUGCUGCACAUCUAGUUGAUCCUACAGAGAUAAAUGUAUCGUGGGAUGACAUCGCUGGACUCGAUGAUGUUAUUCAAGAGUUGAAAGAGACUGUAAUACUACCAAUUCAGCGAAAGGAACUUUUUGCAGAUUCCCAGCUAACACAGCCACCGAAAGGUGUGUUGUUACAUGGCCCUCCUGGCUGUGGGAAGACAUUGAUUGCUAAAGCCACUGCCCGUGAAGCUGGCACUCGCUUCAUAAAUCUGGAUGUUUCAAUACUCACUGACAAAUGGUAUGGAGAAAGUCAGAAACUUGCAGCUGCUGUAUUUACACUUGCUGUAAAGUUACAACCAUGUAUCAUAUUUAUUGAUGAAAUUGAUUCAUUUCUGAGAAGUCGUAACACCAAUGACCAUGAAGCUACAGCCAUGAUGAAAGCGCAGUUUAUGUCCUUAUGGGAUGGCCUCAUAACAAAUCCAGACUGCACAGUUAUUGUAAUGGGAGCCACAAAUAGGCCUGAAGAUUUAGAUAGAGCUAUUCUGCGUAGAAUGCCAGCAACGUUUCAUAUUGGGCAGCCUACGCCCACACAAAGGAGAGAGAUACUGAGGCUUAUAUUGAGUAAUGAACCCACAGCAGAUGAUGUAAAUUACAAUCUGCUUGCCAAAUUAACGGAAAAUUUCUCUGGUUCAGACCUUAGAGAAAUGUGUCGCAAUGCCUCAGUAUAUCGAGUAAGGGAUUAUGUUAGAACUGGAAACCACAAAAUGUCCCCAACAUUAACUAAUGCACAACAUGAUGCGGAAGAAGAAUUUCAUGAUGCAUUGAGGCCGAUAACAAUGGAUGAUCUUACGAAAUCGUUGGAGAAAAUGAAAUUAUCAAAGUACCAUUGUGGCAUAAUUCCUCCACCUCUCUCUAUCAGACAUGACUGAGCAAGUCCGCACUUGUAGUCACACUGAAAGACAGGCUGUAAUUGCUGCUGUGUUGCCUGGACAUAUUCAGUGUGCUUGUGUGCUUUUUGUAGUAUUGAUGUGUGGCCUUCCCAGGAUAUGAGAGACAAGUGUAUAAAGUCAUGAAUUAGUGGGAUAUUUAAAUUCUGACUCAUAAUGAGUGCCUAUAUCAAUUGUAAAUAAGUCACCAUUUGUUCUCUAUAUUUAUAGAUGGUACAUGCUUUGUUUAAGACAGAUUUAUAUUGAUAUGUUUUACCUCAGAAUUUUUUCUUCUCUUUUAUGUGUCUUGAAUGUGAUUGUCAUUACAGUAAGCUUGUAUGUGAUAAAUGAAAUUUUGAUAUUUGUGAUUUACUUUUAUGUGUGAUACACAAUCUUAAAUUUAACAUUUUAAUAAUUGUUUCAUGUGGGUCAAGACAGAAAGACAGGAUCCAAAGCAGUUAAGUCUGUCAUGAUUAAAUGCUUCCAUUUCCAAAUUGUUACCAAAGACAGGAAAUAAUUUUGUACUGCUGCCAUCUUUGUACAAUGUAGUGAAACACUGACAGUGUUAUUAAAUGUUCUGGUCUCCAGAUUGUGUAUACUC